AAAAGAUGUAUCGCAAAAGACAUAAUAAUGCUGCCUCAUUAUAAACAUACAUAGAGCCACACUGUCGUAGAAAGAAGAUGGACCAUUGGCCAUGUUCUAACUUUCUAAUUCAUGUGGAUAUGCGUUUGCUGUAGGCUUUCGUUUUGGUGUGUUAGGCACCAGAAAAGAACAAGGACAAAAAAGUAGAAUAUAUAUGGUGUAUAUGUAUAAGUCGUUGGGAUCAGAUGAGACAUGAGAGAGUAGAGAUUUAGUAUCAGGAUUCAGGAGGGGAGAUCAAGAGAUGGGUGGCAUUCCAUGGACAAGGGAAGAAGAUCAAUUGCUCAGGAAAUGCGUAGAGCAGUAUGGAGAAGGCAAAUGGCAUCGUGUCCCUCUCUUGGCUGGUCUAAACAGGUGCCGUAAGAGCUGUAGGCUGAGGUGGUUAAACUAUCUCCGCCCAAACAUCAAGAGAGGGAGCUUUGAAGAAGAGGAAGUUGAUCUCAUCAUCAAGCUCCACAAGCUCUUAGGAAAUAGGUGGUCAUUAGUUGCAGCUAGACUGCCGGGAAGGACCGGUAACGAUGUGAAGAACUACUGGAAUUGUCACUUGAGCAAGAAGCUAAAUGCUCAAGAAGCUGAAGACAAGAACAAGCAUUGUGCAAGGACUGUGCAAGUCAUGAGACCCCCAGCCUCAAACUAUGCCAGCACAGACUCAAAGAGGCCAUAUUCAACAGCUCUAGACCAAGCUCCAAGUAACAAUUUUUGUCAACCAGUUAGUCUACUAGCACGAGAAGGGAGCAGCAGCAGCAGCAGCACACAAAUUCCAACGCCAAUGCCAAUGCCGUGCUAUAUUGGAGAUGGCCAGAAUCAGAUUUUUCAGGCAGAGCAUGAUGAGAGCAACAAGAAUGUUCCAAGCGUGGAAGAAGAAGAUAUUAAUGAUGGGAUUAAUAUGGGUGAUUUUCCAAUGGAGGGCCUUCCAUUUAAAGGAGUUAGAGAACAUGAUCAAGAUGAUGAUGCUGCUGAUGAUGGGGUCCACAACCACAACAAAUGGGAAUGGGACGACUCCAUCUUGGGUGACGUGGACCUCUGGACUCAUUGUUAAGUAGUUAAUUAGAGAGUGAUUUGCUCUGCUUAAUUAGGUGUUCAUGAUUAGUAUAUGUGUACGUGAGAUGAUGAUUAUUUAUUUAUGAUAUCAGAAUAAUUUAUGUACGUGAGUGAUGGUAAUGUUUCUGAAGA